GAAACACAACUCAAUUAAUAAGACUUUUUUUCUCCAAUCAUUAAACCAGUAAUUCAAAUCACAAGAAGAUAGAUAAUGGAAUAAGUGGUGGACAUCAAAAGUGGGAGAAUGAGUUUGUGCCUCAAUUCAAUAAUUCAUUUCAUCUGAUCAUAAAUUGCAAGACUCAGAAACGAAAACAAAAGCUUUUAAAUUCCUAGAUCAUAUUGGAAGAAGAUGAGCUCUGAACAAGGUAAUGAUCUGCCGCCGCACGUGCUGAUUUUCCCUUUUCCACUUCAGGGCCAUCUCAACCCCAUGCUCAAUCUCGCGCAUCUCUUCUGCUUAGCCGACUUCCACGUCACCUUCAUUGUCUCCGACUUCAACCACCGCCGCCUCCUCGAGCACAGCACCGUCCCCACCGCCUUCGCCCGCUACCCGGGCUUCCAGUUCCGGGCCCUCUCCGACGGCCUCCCCGACGACCACCCCCGCGCCGGGGUGAGAGCCAAGGAGCUCGUGUUCUCCCUCGAAAAAGUCACGGUGCCGCUCUUCAAGAAAAUGAUGCUCGACGAGAAUUUCUUGGGCGGCGCCGCCCGUAGACGCGUGAGUUGCUUCGUUGCCGAUGCUAUGAGGUUCGUCCCCGAGUUUGCGAGAGAGCAUCAGCUUCCGUAUAUCCUCUUCCAAACUGCUAGCGCCGCCUUCUACUGGGCUAUGUUUUGCUGGCCUCAGCUGCUUGAAGCUCAAGAAAUUCCUUUCCAAGGAAAAUCGAUGGAUGAAUUAAUUAAAAGUGUACCAGGAAUGGAAGGUUUUCUUCGACGGCGUGACCUGCCGAGUUUCUACCGUGGCGAUGAUGUAAACGUCCUUAUUCUUCAAGUAUUCACAGGGGGGAAACUGAAAGAAGGGGUCAUAUUUAACACUUGUGAAGAUCUCGAGGGACCGGUAAUUGCAGAGAUACAAAAGCAUGUGCCGAGAAUUUUCUCCAUUGGUCCAAUCCACGAGCAAGUGAAAUCUAGACUGAUGAAGAAGAAGGCAGAGGUGUCAAUCAUCAAGGCGAGUCUAUGGGCGGAAGACCGGAGCUGCAUCGAUUGGUUGGAUGCGCAGCCGUCUAAAUCUGUCAUUUAUGUGAGCUUUGGGAGCAUAACGGUUGUGACGAGAGAGCAAGUGUUAGAGUUCUGGCACGGCUUGCUCGACAGUGCGCAGAGGUUCUUGUGGGUGAUGAGGCCGGAUUCCAUCACCGACAAUGAAGGAAAUGAUCAGGUUUUGGCGGAAUUAAUGGAACGUAGCAAAGAAAAGGGUUUGUUUGUGGAGUGGGUGCCGCAGGAAAAGGUGCUCAACCACCCUGCGACGGGGGGAUUCUUGACUCACAGUGGAUGGAACUCGACUCUCGAGAGCAUUGUGGCCGGCGUGCCGAUGAUAUGUUGGUCUUAUUUCGCUGAUCAAACCACUAAUAGUAGGUUUGUGAGUGAGGUUUGGAAGAUUGGAUUGGACAUAAAAGAUACUUGUGAUAGAUUGAUUAUUGAGAAGGCGGUGAGAGAUUUGAUGGAAGUGAGAAAAGAUGAGUUUUUGGAAAGGGCAGAAAAUAUGGCUAAACUUGUGAAAAUGUCUGGUAGUGAAGGUGGUUCGUCGUAUACUAAUAUGGAUGCCCUAGUUCAGUAUAUCAAGUCAUUGGUAUUUUGAUUAUUGUUUUUGUUAUUUUCAAAGAUGUUUUUGUUUGUAUAUCCUAAAAAUUGUUGGUGAGCAUUAGGGCCGAUCAAA